AUGACAAAUACAUCAGUAUCUAUUUUUGAAGGAAAAAGCAUUGUCUUUAAUCGCAAAAAGGAAUUCAUCUUGGGACUUUGGGAGGAUAUUUGCAAUAGAAUCUCCAAAACUCAUGCAGAACUUCUCUCAUCUUAUAGGGAGCAAGUCACUGAGAUUUUCGAGGAUACGAAAAAGGCGAAUAUUAUAGAUCUUUCUCCAUUAGAGUGUUUACUGGAUUCUCUUUUCAAGCUUGCUGCUUUAUAUGACCAAGAGCGAUCCAAUUUGGCUGAUAAGACGAGUCAAGGUGAGAAGUUGGAGCUGAUUUCCAAAGCUAAGGAGCGUCUUGAAUCGUUCAAACUUGAAGCAAGUGAGAAAGUCAAGAAAGUUUCCUCUAGUGAAAAGAAAUUGAAGAGAGUUGUGAAGAAAUUGCAGACAUUACAACAAGAGAGGGAGAACCUCCAAGGUGUUAUAGAAGUGACUCAAAAGGAGGUUGAAGAGAUUCAAACAAAAGUUUCAGCUGUCGAGACUGAGGUCUCUUCAUAUGACAAUAUAAAUUUGCUGACUGAUGAAGAUUCGGCCAAUUUGGAGGAGAAGAAGAAGAACCUGGAGACUAGCUGUCAAGAACUGAUCAACUACAAGUUUUGUUUAGAUUAG